AUGUCUGUUGAAGCACAUAAGAAAACCCCUCCGUCUGCUCCUGGUCUCCCAGACCCAAGUCAAACUCCCUCCACACCCAUCGACCCCUCGAGCCUGAGUCUUCCCGAGAAGAGACUUUACGACUUCUUGUGCGCCCAGGGAUGGACUGACGAACAGUCCUCCUCGUUCGUCACUCAUAUCGAGCCGAUGAAAGAUGCCCUCUCCCACCAUUUCUACUCGCAAGGUUGGAGCACCGAUCAAGUGCAAUUUCCCCACGAGCGUUGCCAGAUGGACGUGAUGGCGACCACCGUGCAGGCGGUCCUGGGAGCGGCCCUUGUCGACAGCGGAGGUUCGGUGAUGUACCUGGAGGAGGUGGCGGAUCUUUUCGGGUUGGGUUGGCCUGCAGCAAUCGAAGCUGGCAACAAGGGAGAAGAUAGUGCUUGA